AUGCAAAUCCACACCCUCCUCGCCAUGGCCAGUGUGGCCACCGCUCACUUCCAUCUCGUCUCCCCACCAUCUCGCGGCUUCAACGCAGACACAAUGGCCACCUUCCCCUGCGGCAGCCUCUCCCAAAUGACCGAUAGAACCAAAAUCCCCCUCUCGGGCUCAAUCCCCAUCGACCUCAAGCUAGGCCACACUCAAACAGCCUUAACUGUCCUCUUAGGUCUGGGCAAUGACCCGGGCACAAACUAUAACAUCACCCUACACCCAACUUUCGGCGUCCAAGGGGCCGGCGAAUUCUGUCUGGCAGAUGUCGAGUAUAAUGCGAAGAUUCUUGGAGUAGAUGUCGUCAACGGGAUGAAUGCGACACUGCAGGUGCAGAGUAAUGGGGAUCCACAGGGUGGUCUUUAUGCGUGUGCUGAUGUUCAAUUUUUUUCGAACGCUACAAUUGACAAGUCUUCUUGCUCCAAUGAUACCAAGCUCCAAGCAGUUCAGUUUACGGGUGACUCGGCUAAGCGGACGGCGAACGUUUCUACUGCCUCGGGUUCUGCGCAAGGCUCGAGCUCCAGUUCGAAGGAGAACGGUGGACGAGCAUUGGAGCUUGCGUCGUGGGGAGUUUUCGGUGCGGCUUUGAUGGGUGCCUUUGCUCUCAUGUAA